CGUCACUGCUCGAAGUGUGAUAGCUUUUCUCUAGCUGGGUUAUCCAGUCUGCAUUCAAGAUGCCGCUCCAUCUCCUGGGCAAGAAAUCAUGGAACGUCUACAAUCCGGAGAACAUUGCCCGCGUGCGGCGCGACGAGGCCCAAGCCAAAGCGCGCGAGGAAGAACAAGAACGACUUAUGCAAGAGGUUGAUGCUGAACGACGAAUCCAAGUCCUCCGCGGUGAAAGGCCCUCAACUCCUCCACCUCCGCCCCGAUCUCCGUCACCCAUCUCCCGACCGGAAAAAAAGAGCCACACAGAUGAUCUAGGACGGAGCAGGAAACGAAGACGCUUGGCUGGAGAGAACGACACCGACCGCGACAUCAGGAUUGCACGGGAAGACGCGCAGUAUGCACUUGCGAAGCGAGAGGAAUUGGCUUCGUCGCGCACGAGCGAUGCGCCCCUUGAAGACAGUGCCGGUCAUAUUAAUCUAUUUCCGUCAAAUGAGUCGAAGCGGCCUGUCGAGAAAAACGCAGAGGCUCAAAAAGAAUCAGCCGAUAAGCAGAGGAGCUACGAAGACCAGUACACAAUGCGAUUUUCCAACGCAGCGGGUUUUCGUCAAUCAGUUGGUCAGAAGCCCUGGUAUUCCUCUUCCGGUACUGAGGCUAUGGCGCCUGAUUCUGUCUCUGGGAAGAACGUUUGGGGCAACGAGGAUCCAAUGAGAAAAGAAAGGGAAAAAUCUCGCAUGGAUGCCAAUGAUCCUCUAGCGGCCAUGAAAAAGGGUGUGCGUCACUUGAAAUCCGUCGAACAAGAAAGAAGAAAGUGGAACGAAGAACGAAGCCGGGAAUUGGAGGCCUUGAAAGCAGCAGAGAGAGACCGCCCACGGCACCGGAGGAGGAGAUCGCGGUCAGAAGACAGCCUAGAAGGGUUCAAGCUGGAUGCAUCUCCGGAAAGACAUCGCGAGGACAAGGAUCGAAAAUCGCAUCGGCACCACCGGCAUGGUCGAGACAGGAGUAGAGAUCGAUCACAUAGGAGCAGACAUCACUCCGAUUCCCGCUCUCAUCGUCAUGGUCGCGAUCACCACCGCAGCCGCGACGAAUCUCGACGACAUCGCGACAAAGUUUGAACCAAAGCGCAAGCAACGAGGUAUGACUAAAUGACCCUAAAAGGAACAUUUCGUUGUAGUGAUUAUUACUUAGAUACCCGUGUAGAAUUUUGAUACCCGUAAAAUGCACCGAGCCAUCAGGGCUACUUCACAUUCAACGGCCAUUUCAUUUCUAUUCAUGAUAUAUCCCUUUUAUUUGUACCCGAACCAAAAACAAAACCAUCUGAGUCUUAAACUUUUCUAAUCUAGGACAUAACUCAUUGCAAGCUCCAUUGUUGAGAUCCCUUCUCGACACCCUGUGCAUCCCAAUCGAUGGUGAUAUCCAGCAAUCGCGAUUUCUCUUCUUUCUUCUGGUAUCCAAUUUUCCCGGUGAUGGUUUGUCCCUUCUUCAAGGGAGUCGCACGCUUCUUUCCAUGGUCAAUGAGACAAACACCCUGUUGCCAAUGGGUUUCAGUUCCAUGAGGCCCCGUGGUGAAGGCGACAAUGCCCUUCUUCUGCAUUUCCGACGGAAUAACAUU